UGAUGAAAUUUAUUCUUUCAUUUCUUAAAAAAUUGUAAAAAAGUUUUAUUCUUUAGAUAUCGAUAUCAGGUCCAGGUGGGAAAAUGGCUGAAGUCGUCUCAGGGACGGACCAUAUUCACAAAUAUGAUGUCGACAACUCGGAGGACGAGAGGAAAAAUAGGAUGGGGUCCUUCAAGAAAAAGGCAAUUAGUGCCUCCUCAAAGUUUAGGAACUCUAUCAACAAAAGAAGUAGGAGAAGUAGCAAGGUCAUGUCUGUUGCCAUUGAAGAUGUUCGCGAUGCUGAGGAAAUGCAAUCCGUCGACGCAUUCCGCCAAACUCUUAUCCUAGAAGAGCUAUUGCCCGCUCGGCACGAUGACUACCACAUGAUGCUAAGGUUUCUCAAGGCGAGGAAAUUUGAUAUCGAGAAGACUAAGCAAAUGUGGGCAGAUAUGCUUCAAUGGAGGAAGGAAUUUGGAUCCGACACAAUUAUGGAGGACUUGGAAUUCGGCGAACUUGAUCAAGUCUUGGAACACUACCCGCAAGGUCACCACGGGGUCGACAAGGAGGGCAGGCCUAUCUACAUCGAAAGACUAGGCUUAGUCGACGCCAACAAGAUGAUGCAAGUCACGACCAUGGAUCGUUACGUCCAGUACCAUGUGAGGGAAUUCGAGAGGACUUUCGCGGUCAAGUUCCCUGCUUGCUCAAUUGCGGCAAAAAGACACAUAGAUCAGAGCACAACCAUCAUGGAUGUUCAAGGAGUGGGUUGCAGACAAUUCAACAAAGUCGCGAGGGAACUCAUCGGUCGGAUUCAAAAAAUCGACGGGGACAACUACCCUGAGACCUUGUGCCGGAUGUUCAUUGUCAAUGCCGGCCAGGGAUUUAGACUCCUUUGGAACACUGUGAAGAGCUUCCUCGAUCCAAAGACCACUGCCAAAAUCCAUGUUCUCGGAAACAAGUUCCAGAGUAAGUUACUCGAGAUCAUCGAUGCUAGUGAGUUGCCAGAGUUCCUCGGUGGCAAUUGUAAUUGCGAAGGAGGUUGUCUUCGAUCGGACAAAGGCCCAUGGAAGGACCCUGAGAUCGCCAAGAUGGUUCAAAAUGGCAUUGGGUGUUGCGGAAGGCAACAACAUGCGAGUGCGGCCGAGGAGAAGAUGAUCUCCGAGGACGAAAUUGUGUACCAAAAGUUGUUGCCGAUCGUGGAGAAGGUGGUGGAUGCGGGUUGGACCGACGAUAUGGUGCACGAGAAGCUUGCCCUCUCCAAAGAUUCGUAUACUCUUUCUGGGAUCAACAAUGGGUCUAGCAACAACAGCCACAUCUUCGGCGGAGUCGUGGCGUUUGUCAUGGGCGUUGUCACUAUGGUGCGCGUGGGGCGGUCGAUGUCGAGGAAGGUUACGAAUGCAGACGUCGCGAACUUGAUGAAGAGCCAAAUGAUGCGACAACCGCCGCCCGCGCCGGCUGUUUCUGUUGCUGAAUUUGCAUGCGUGCUGAAGCGCCUCGGUGAGCUCGAGGAGAAGGUGAAUGUCCUCGGCAAUAAACCGCCGGAAAUGGAACUCGACAAGGAAGAGAUGCUGAGUGCCGCGGCGAACCGUGUGGAGGCCCUGGAGUCUGAGCUCGCGGAAACUAGGAAGGCUCUUGAGGAGGCUUUGUCAAAGCACGAGGAGUUCGCUGCAUAUCUCGAGAAGAAAAAGAAGAAAAAAAACAAGUUGGCAAGUUUUCUUUAUUAGUAGUUUGCGUUAAAG